AUGUUACUGGCUUUGUUUAUCAAUGGAAAUGUCUCAUCAAAAAUCCUUUUGUUUAUCACAUUUAUAAUUGACCAUUUUUCUUUUCGUUUUUCCCCCCUUUUCCCUCGAUCUUUUUCUUCAUCCUUUCUAUUUUAUUCUUCAUCUUUGCUAUUGCAUCUCCAUUGCAUUAUCACAUUUUCUUUUCGCCUGAUUUUUUUUCCUUUUCAUUUUCUUCAUCCUUUUUAUUUUCUUUUUUCACCCCCUCCUUCAAUUCUCCGCCACGUUAUUUUUUUCCUCUUGUCUUUUUCCCCCAACUUUUUCUUCAUUUUUUCUAUUUUUCUCAUUCUUUUCGCCUUCGUGCUCAGUCUAAUUAUUUUUCCUUUUCUUUUUCUUUGUCAAUUCUAUUUUCUUUUUUCUCUUCUCUUUAAAGUCAUUCCGCGUUUUAUAUUUUCCCUUUAUUUUCUUUUUCUGAUCUUGUCCUUCAUCUUCUCUAUUUUACUCUUCCUCUUCUUCAUCUACUCCGCAUUAUCAUUUUUUCCAUUUCUUUUUCCGUGUUUUUUUCUUUUCUUUUUCCUUUUCUUUAUCCUUUAUAUUUUCUUCUUCCUCUUCGCUUUCGUGUCUCCAUCGCAUUAUCAUCUUUUUUUUUCCCUUGAUAUUUUUCCUUUUCUUUAUCCUUUUCUGUUUCUUCAUCCUUUCUAUUUUCGUCUUUCCCUUCAACAUUACUUCUCGUCUGCAUUAAUUUUCCUCACACUUUUUUUCACAGUCAUUUUAUUCAUUGUUUCUAUUUUCAUCUUUAUAUCCGCAUUCACGUCCUGCCACAUUUUCGUCUUUUUUUUUCUUUUUCUUCGUCGAUUUUAUUUUCGUUUUUUUCUUCUUCUUAACGCCAUCACCAUAUUAUCUUUUCUCUUUUCUUUUCUCUUCUUCUUAACGCCAUCACCAUAUUAUCUUUUCUCUUUUCUUUUUUUUCUUCUUCUUAACGCCAUCACCAUAUUAUCUUUUCUCUUUUCUUUUUUCUCUUCUUCUUAA